AGUUUAACGCAAGGGAGAUCUGAGGACCGUCUGGGCAGCACUGCUAGAGCCUGCAGAGAAAGCUUCCAGACCCUUUACUUUUUUAAGGAACAAUAUAGUCCAUGAAGGAAGACUUGUAACCUGGAGAAGAGACCUGUCAUUUACUCCAGUGUUUAUAGUGAUGCUACAGGACAGAGUGGAAUGGAUAAAAACAUUGGCGAGCAACUCAAUAAAGCUUAUGAAGCCUUUCGGCAGGCAUGCAUGGAUAGAGAUUCUGCAGUAAAAGAACUACAGCAAAAGCAGACUGAGAACUAUGAGCAGAGAAUACGUGAGCAACAAGAACAGCUGUCACUUCAACAAACUAUUAUUGACAAGCUAAAAUCACAGUUACUUCUUGUGAAUUCUAGUCGAGAUAACAGUUAUGGUUGUGUUCCCCUGUUUGAAGACAGUGAAGCAAGGAAGGAUAAUUUGACUCUUGAUCAGCCACAUGAUAAAGUAAAAUCAGGAAUACCAAGAGAAAAAGAAUCAAAGGUAAGAAGACAAGAGAUUUCCUCAAGAAAAGAAACUGUACCAGGGAGUCUUGGCAUUCCUUUAUUCCAUGAAAGGGGUUAUGUAGAGAAGACUUUCUGGGAUCUGAAAGAAGAAUUUCAUAGAAUAUGCAUGCUAGCAAAAGCACAAAAAGACCAUUUAAGCAAACUUAAUGUAGCAGCCACUGCAGCUGAGACACAGUGCUCUGUGCCUGUACAGUGUACGGAUAAAACAGAUAAACAAGAAGUGCUGUUUAAGCCUCAGGCUAAAGAUGAUAUAAAUAGAGUUGCACCGUGCGUCACAUCUGUCACACCAAGAGGAUUGGGCCAAGAUGAGGAAGAUACCUCUUUUGAAUCACUUUCUAAAUUCAAUGUCAAGUUUCCACCUACAGACAGUGACUCUGCUUUCUUACACAGCACUCCAGAAAGACCCACUGUCCUUGGUCCUGCCACAUCUGAGGCUGUAUGCCAGGAUAAAUUUAAUAUGGAGCCCAGAGACAACCCGGGAAACUUUGUUAAAACAGAAAUUCAGGGGAUUGACUCCAUAGCUUCAGCUAUGCAAAACCUUAAAACAACUGACAAAACAAAACCCUCAAAUCAUGUAAAUACUUGUAUCAGGACAGCUCCGGAUAGAGCUUUGUGUUUGUCACCUGGAGACCAUAAUGCAUUAUAUGUAAAUACAUUCCCACUUCAGGACCGGUCUGAUGCACCUUUUCCUUCACUCAAUUCCCCAGGAGAAGCUAUCCGAGGACCAGAGCAGCCCGUUUGGAAGCCCUUUCCUAAUCAAGACAGUGACUUAUCGGUACUAAGUGGCACAGGCUCAGAACUGCAUAUACCUCGAGUAUGUGAAUUCUGUCAAGCAGUUUUCCCACCAUCCAUUACAUCCAGGGGGGAUUUCCUCCGGCAUCUUAAUUCACACUUUAUUGUGGAGACUUAAGACGCAUUGGAAAACAGACAUAUCAAGUUCUGUGUGGUAAUUUGGGGUCUGUAAUACUAUAUACUUGAUUGCAAACUUAGCUCAAGAUCAUUUAUUGAAAAAUUCAGUGUCACAGUAUUUGGCUUUUUUCAUAAACUUAUAGUGUAACUUUCUUAUCACCUUUUAAAAGAUCAUUCUGUACAAAAACUGUAGUUCAUUGUCUUCAUGUUUACAGUGUUUAUUACCAUAAUUCCAAAUUAUAUGUGACUUACAGAAUUGCAUAAUAAUUUAUGUCUUUUUCAAAUAUCUAAGCUCAUUGCUUGGAUUUCUGGCUAGAUCUAUUGAAUUUGGUGAUGUCAAAUGUUUAUGGGUUUUCAUUUUAAAAUUUAGAUUAUUUAUGCUAUAGGUGUCCUUUUUGAAUAAACCCAUGAUUGCAGGGAAGAUAAACAUCUGAGUAAAUAUCAAACCCAAGACAUUUGUUGCUCAGUGAUAAAAGCACCAGUAGGAUUAUUUAAACACUUGAGUGCCUGGUUUUUUUUAAUAAUAGACAUUGUUUUAAUUUUUACUAUUUGUAUAGCUACAUGAUGAAAUUAGUUAAAUAUUAAAAAAGUUACUUAUGUUGUGAUCA